AUGAGCAGCGUUUUGCCUGCGGUAUAUUCAGCUUUGGGGGCUGAACCUCAUCAUUCUGAUAAGCGAUCGCUGGCAGCGCACAGGGACCUCAUCCAGAUUUUCGUAGUUAACGGCACCAAACGGUUUGUGGACCGUUUAGCAGUUUUAAAGACUCCAGGCCGCACAGGAGCGAGACCAGACUCUCACUCGGACAGCGGACAGAGUACUUCAGGGCACCCAGACCCAAAGUUGGCCAAACCAGCGAGACCACACCACUGCUCCCAUUGUGGAAAGAGUUUUAUUAAUUUAAGGAGCCUAAAAGUUCAUGAAAGAGUACACACAGGAGAAAAGCCUUUCCACUGCUCACAGUGUGGAAAGAGUUUUACUCAGUUAGGGAAUCUGAAAAUGCAUGAGAGAAUACACACAGGAGAGAAGCCUUUCCACUGCUCCCUGUGUGGAAAGAGUUUUACCCAGUUAGUUGCCGUGAAAACACAUGAGAGGACACACACAGGAGAGAAGCAUUUCCACUGCACCCUGUGUGGAAAGAGUUUUACCCGGAUAGGGUCCCUGAAAACACAUGAGCGAAUACACACAGGAGAGAAGCCUUUCCACUGCUCCCUGUGUGGAAAGAGUUUUACCCAGUUAGGGGCCCUGAAAACACAUGAGAGAACACACACUGGAGAGAAGAAUUUCCACUGCUCCCUGUGUAGAAAGAGUUUUACCCAGUUAGGGGCUCUGAAAAAACACGAGAGGACACAUACAAGAGAGAAGCAUUUCCACUGCUCCCUGUGUGAAAAGACUUUUACCCAGUUAGGGUCCAUGAAAACGCAUGAGAGGACACACACUGGAGAGAAGCUAUAUCACUGCUCCCAGUGUCAAAAUACUUUUUCCACAUUAAGGGACCUGAAAUCACAUGAAAGAACCCACUUAGUAGAGAGGCAGAGGCCGUUCCAAUGCUCUCAGUGUGGAAAGAGAUUCAUCCAGUCAUCACAUCUGAAAGAUCACACGACAACACACACAGGAGAAAAAACGUUCCAAUGCUCUCAGUGUGAAAAGGGUUUUACCAGGUUAAGCACACUAAAAACACAUAAGAGUACACACAGGAGAUCAGCAUUUCCAAUGCUCCCAGUGUGAAA